GGGAAGGUAAUUAUACAUUGCGUUCGCCAUGCAGAAGCCUACCAUAAUCUGAGAGAGAAUCCCGAUCGAAGGAUAAUAACUGACCCGAAGUUGACUCAGCUUGGAGUAAAGCAAGCUUUGAACCUCAAGGAAACCUUUAUUCCCUCCAAUAAUAUUACGCAUAUCUUGUGCUCGCCGCUCACAAGGACCCUCCAGACCGCCCAAAUAGCUUUCGAAGAUCUCAUCUCUCAAGGACUGAAAGUCGUGGCUUAUCCGGAUCUGCGAGAGCAUGGAAGCGGACCUACAAGUACUGGCACUAGUCUUCAAGAACUCCAGCAUUUACUUCAUAACGCAAAUCAAAUUACGGAUCUGAGUUUGGUGUCAGAAGGGUGGGAGAUG